AUGGGUUCAAGCGGCGAAAAGAGCGCGAAGAAAGCCAAGAAAGAGAAGAAAGACACCCCAAAGUCUUCGAAGAAACGCGAUCGGGAUGGGUUGCCUGUGCCGUCGUCCGCGAGUAAAGGAGGAGAAGGGGACGAUGAUGAAAAACAGAAUCCGGUGUGCGCGAUUGCUUCGCCGUUGGCCGAUGGGAAAUUGACCAAGAAAUUAUUGAAAGUUGUCAAGAAAGGUAAGCAAAUGAAUAAGAGCGGCGUGGUGAUAUCAGAAGAAGAAGAAGAACGACAUCCCCGUCGUUUUGUUUCUCUCGUUCUUCUUCUUCUUCUUCUUCUUCUUCACAUUCUCUUCUCGUUGUUCGGUGGUGCGUCUAAAUUCAAACAAGUCCGGCGAGGGGUCAAAGAGGUCGUCAAGCAACUCAAAACGACGAAAGAAGGAUUGUGCGUCAUCGCGGGGGACAUAUCGCCAAUCGAUGUCAUCACGCACGUGCCGAUGUUGUGCGAAGAAGCGGGCGUGCAAUACGUGUACGUGCACUCGAAGGAGCAGUUGGGCGCAGCUGGGAUGACGAAACGACCGACGAGUGUGAUGUUAGUGUUACCGAAAGCGGUGAAAGGGUCGACGAAAAUGGGGAAGGAUGACGAAAAGGAGUUUGAGGAGAUGUAUAAGAGCGUGUAUUCGAAAGUGAAAGGGAUGCACGAGAAGUAA